AUGGCGAAUACCCUUGCUCGAGAGCUGAAAGAGCUACACACUCCUUCAAAACCCAUCAUUCUCUCCAACGUCUGGGACUUGGCGUCCCUCAGCGCCAUCCUAUCCCUCAACACCGCUGAAGAUAAACCCGUGAAGGCGAUUGCGACGGCAUCAUGGGCCAUCGCCGCGACCCUGGGCGUCAAGGACGAAGACCUCACGCUCGAGCAGAACCUAGCUGCGAUCGGGCAGAUCGCGCCCGGUGUCCGGGCCGCCGGCUUGCCGCUUACGGUCGACAUACAGGACGGUUACGGCGAGAACAUCGAAGAGGUCGUGAAGCAAGUCAUCAGGCUCGGGGCCGUGGGCGCGAACAUCGAGGACAGCAUCCCGUCCGCUGGGUUUGACAAGGGCGUCGAGGGGUCGCUGUAUGAUCCCGAUGAGCAGGUUAAUCGGCUGAAGAGGGCACUUGCGGCGGCGAAGGAGGUCGGAUGUCCUGAUUUUGUCAUCAACGCGAGAUGCGACGUCUUCCGGCUGGAGCAGCCCGCUGUUGACGACGACGAGAAGGCACUUGAAGAGGGUAUCAAUCGGGGCCGAGAGUAUCUCGAAGCAGGCGCCAAGACGGUUUUCUAUUGGGGAGGCGGAAAUCGAGGCCUGCGGACAUCUGAGGUCAAGGUCCUCGUUCGGGAGCUGGGAGGUCGGGUUGCUGUGAAGCUGGGUGAUCAGCCGGACGCCCUGUCAACCGAAGAGCUGGGUAACAUUGGCGUUGCGAGGAUCAGUGUUGGGCCGAGCUUGUACCAUGUCGCGAUGAAUGCGAUGAAGCAGGCAGCGAAGAGGAUCCUUUCAGGUGGGAAGCUAGCCGGGUGA